AUGCCGCAAUUGUGGGAGAGGGCCGUAAGGUGUCCCAACCUCGGAAGCUUUCCGGUCUUCUAUAAAGAUGGAGAGCACUUGGAGAGCACUUGGAGACUGCACAUUGGUUCACAUCCCUCGACUUAUGCGGCAGCAACAAGAGGCAAACAGAUGGCAAGUAGCCGGUGGGAUACAUCGUACACAAACCAUGCUGGCCAAGACGACCGAGAAGCAGAAAGCAAGGAACCCAGGCCAGGCUGCGUGUGA